AUGUACGCUAUUCAUCACGGAGCUGAGGUUAUUUACGACGUGGAUGACAGGAACGCGCUCGUCGACCCGCAGCAAGGUGUACCUCAUUCUGACGUGUCCUCAUCUGGGAAGCCGGACGUAUUUCGCUUUCACAGCGACGAAUCCGCCAUCGUGCACAACCCGUACCCUUGCUUUGGUGCGCCUGGGGUAGUCUGGCCGAGAGGAUUCCCUCUGAACAAGGUUCAACUGGUGGACUCGUCAACCUGUAGCUCGGAGGGUGCAAUGGACAGCCAGGUUAUCGGAGUGGUCCAAGCGCUAGCCAAUCAUGACCCGGACGUUGACGCAAUAUAUCGGAUGACUUACCCACCCGGCGGACUACCGUUCUCCUUUGUAGCUGAAGAUUCUUCGAAGGCAGAGACCAGGAAUUUACGAGCCGUUCCGGCCUCGGCGUUUACUCCAUACAAUGCACAGGCAACCCUUCAUUUUCAAGUUGCAUUUUGGGGUUUGCUGCUGCCAACAACGGUCGACGGAAGGGUAAGCGAUACCUGGAGAAGCUAUUUCACUCAGGCUCUGCUCCCAGCGGUUGGCGCUGUGGCUGCCUUCUCGCCUGGUUGGGUGGAACAGGUAGGAAAUCCGCGCAACUAUCUGGCAGAUUUCAAGGCCGAAUUUCCUCUCUACCAAAGGAGCGGGGCACUUGUAGAGUUUCUUCUGCAGUACCGGGAUCUCGUUUCAAACGCGUCAGCCCUGCCACUGGAGAUUGAAGCCCUCGCUGUUGCAAUGUACGAGUACGGCAUUGUCGAAGACGAGGACGUCGCGCUCAUGCAGGCCUGGCUAGAGGAUCUCCGUGAUGCUGGCUACGCAUUUCCUGAGUACGAUAUGCAACACCAAUCUACUGCAGCUGGCGUUGCAAGGCAACAGCACACCAGUGUUGACGAAAAGUUGCCGGCGUUGCAGAUUGGAAGGGGACAACCUUCACCAGGUGAACUACCUCGCGUUCUGCUGGUGGUGGCGAUACUGUCUGCCAGGCCCGAACGGAGAAACGCCAUCAGAUCGACCUGGUCAGCGUGGGGAGAUGAGCGUGUGGAGCUCCGCUUUUUCACGGAGGCCCCUGCCGAGAAUAACCCUGACGCCGAAUCUAUUACAGCCGCCCUAGAAGAGGAGAUGGCACUUCACCAAGAUGUUGUACUAAUGGAUAUCGACUCGGGUAUGAAUUUCGCGCUCAAGCUUGUGUGGGCCAUGCAGUGGAUGUCUCAUCGGUGGAUGUUCAAUUUCUUCCUUCGUCUGGACGACGACUACUUCCUUUGUCUCGGGCGCCUCCUACACGAGCUAGAAACAACCUUCAAGACUACACAAGAGCCCCCCAAGAUUUACGCCGGCCACAUCACUUGCGGUCGGAGCGGCAACACAAGGAUAGACGAGGCGUACAUGCUUCUAUCCACCAGCCUUGUUACCAGAGUGCUGUCGACCACUGACCUUAUGUGUGGUGGUCAUGGCGGGGUCACUGCCGGGUGGUGGUUCACACCGGGCAACCCGCUCAACGAGGCCGGCGAUGUUACAUGGGUUCACGAUCCUCGACUGGAUCACUCCGGGAGAGCUCUCAAACAAGAAAGUGCCGAUAACGUGUGCAAAACGCACAUGGGGCUGCACAAGAUAUACCCGGACACGAUGACGGAGGUUUGGAACAAGAGCCAAGCUUACGACGACAACGACCAUGGUGUUUCGCUCUUGCACUACAUUACCGAUCAGUCCUGUAAACAUGUGCCUGCUGGCGUCAGUCAAUCGACUUUUAACCGUGAUCAUGCUCAACCCUGCGAAACGUUCACGGGAAAUACCAAGAUCCACUGUGGUGCGGGUGGUUGUUGA